AUGGUGAAGCUUAUUCUCCUUAGGGUGAGUCUUGCCCUCCUGCUGAGUGCUCAGCUGGGCUCAGCCUACCGCCUGACAUGCUACUUCACCAACUGGGCCCAGUACCGGCCUGGCCUGGGGCGCUUCAAGCCUGAUGACAUCGACCCUUGCCUCUGUACUCACCUGAUCUAUGCCUUUGCUGGGAUGAGGAGUAAUGAGAUCAUCAUCACUGAGCGGAAUGAUGUCGAGCUUUACCAAGCUUUCAACGGUCUGAAAAACAAAAAUAGUCAGCUGCAAACUCUCCUGGCCAUUGGAGGCUGGAACUUUGGAACUGCCCCCUUCACUGCCAUGGUUUCUACUCCCGAGACCCGCCAGACCUUCAUUGCCUCCGUCAUCAAAUUCCUGCGCCAGUAUGAGUUUGAUGGGCUGGACUUUGACUGGGAGUACCCCGGUUCUCGCGGGAGCCCUCCCCAGGACAAGCACCUCUUCACCGUCCUGGUGCAGGAAAUGCGCGAAGCUUUUGAGCAGGAGGCCAAGCAGGUCAACAAGCCCAGGCUGCUGGUCACUGCUGCUGUGGCUGCUGGCAUCUCCAACAUCAAGUCUGGCUAUGAGAUUCCCCAGCUGUCCCAGUACCUGGACUUCAUCCAUGUCAUGACCUAUGACCUCCAUGGCUCCUGGGAGGGCUACACUGGAGAGAACAGCCCCCUCUACAAACACCCAACCGACACUGGCAGCAAUGCCUACCUGAAUGUGGCUUACGCCAUGGACUACUGGAAGGGCACUGGGGCCCCUGCUGAGAAGCUCAUAGUUGGAUUCCCAGCCUACGGACAUACCUUCAUCCUGAGCAACACCUCCAUCACUGGCAUUGCAGCCCCCACCUCCGGGGCUGGUCCUGCUGGACCCUACACCAGGCAGGAUGGGUUCUGGGCUUACUAUGAGAUCUGCAUCUUCCUGGAAAAUGGAGCAACCCAGGCAUGGGGUGCCCCAGAGGGUGUGCCCUACGCCUACCAAGGCAACAUGUGGGUUGGCUAUGACAAUGUCAAGAGUUUCAACAUCAAGGCUCAGUGGCUUAAGCAGAACAACUUUGGAGGCGCCAUGGUCUGGGCCAUCGACCUGGAUGAUUUCACAGGCACUUUCUGUGACCAGGGCAAGUUCCCCUUGAUGUCCACCUUGAAGAGUGCCCUUGGCCUGCAGAGUGCAAGUUGCACUGACCCUGCUCAGCCUGUUGCACCAAUAACUCCUCCUCUAACCGGCGGGAGUGGGAGCGGAAGUGGCAACGGAAGUGGAAGCAGCAGCUCUGAAGGCAGUGGGUUCUGUGCUGGCAAAUCCAAUGGCCUCUACCCUGUGGUAAAUAACACACAUGCUUUCUGGCGUUGCCUGAAUGGAAUCACCUAUCAGCAGAAUUGCCAGGCUGGGCUUGUCUUUAACCCCAAUUGUGAGUGCUGUAACUGGCCUUAA